AUGGUCGGUUCAUCAGUCCACAGUGCGCUCUUUCUGUGCGCCUUCCUCCAGCUGUUCUCCCUGCCCGGCGGACAGGUGCCAAACUGCCAGGAGGUGCGCACAGUGUUUCAGUCUCUGCACCCGGGCUCCAAGUGGGUCCCCGAAACCCCGGUGUCAGGUUCGGAUCUGCAGGUUUGCCAAACCAAAGGCCCGACCUGCUGUUCCAAGAAGAUGGAGGAGCGGUAUCAGGUAGCUGCACGCAGCAACAUGGAGUCUGGUCUGCAGGUUGUCAGCGCUCAACUCAAACGCCUCAUCAUCCAGAACGCUGCCAUUUUCCAAGAGGCCUUUGACCUGGUGCUGCGCCAUGGCCGUAACUCCACCCUGGCCAUGCUGAAGUCAGAGUUCCCCAGUCUCGGAGGUGGGGCCCAGAGCUCGGUGGGGCAGCUGUUCCUUGACAUGUCGCUCUACAUCCUUGGCUCAGACUCCGCAGUGGACCACAUGGUGGCGGUGCUCUACGGUCGCCUCUUCCCCCUCACGUACCGCCGCCUUCUGGGGGGCAGCACAUCGUCUGUGUCUGAGGAGUGUGUCAGAGGAGCCUGGAAGGACUCAGGAGCAUUUGGCCCAUAUCCCAAACUGAUGAUGACCCGUCUGUCUCGGUCUCUCCUGGCCACACGAGUCUUCCUGCAGGCGCUGAACCUGGGCAUUGAGGUUAUCAACACAACAGACCACCUGCGGCCUAGCCGGGACUGUAGCCGAGCCCUGCUGAGGCUGUGGUACUGCCCGCACUGCCAGGGCAUGCUGGGGCCGCCAGCCUGCAGAGGCUUCUGUCAGGCGGUGAUGCACGGCUGCCUGGGGGGAGCGGCCGAGGUUCAGCCUCACUGGAGGAGCUACGUAGACGGACUGGGGAAGCUGGCUGGUGCCAUGAGGGGGGAGCAGGACAUGGAGGCUGUUGUUCUUAGGCUGCCUUCAAUGAUCAAACUGGCUCUUAAGCACGCUGUGAACGCACGCAGCCGCCUCAGUGCCCUGGUGAACGGGAUGUGUGGACACACUCCUCAGCGGGCCUCUCGCUCCGUCGGAUCUCCUCCUCCCCAGCCUCCUGCUGUCUCUGCAGCCCGUAACGCACAGCCCUCAUCCUCAGACUCUGAUGAGACUUUGGCUGGCCUCCGCAGGGAGUUCAUAUCCAACCUGAGGGGCUUCAGCUCCUUCUACAGUGGUCUCGGGGAGGCGUUGUGCAGCCGUGAGCCUGCUCCAGCGAACCACUCCCUCUGCUGGAAUGGGCAGGAGAUGACAGACAGGUUUCCUGGGCCCGGCCUGAAGCGACUGCACUCCGGCUCUGAGUCCAAGAGCAACAAGCCCCCUGAGCCAAUCAUCAACCAGAUCAUAGACAAACUCAAACACAUCAACCAGUUACUGCGGCUUGUUACUCUAUCUGAGAAACGCUGGAGAGCCCAGUCACGUGGCGGUGGAGUGGAUGGGUGGAGCGAUGAGGGGGAAGAGGGAUUCGAGAGCGGCGACUGCGACGAUGAAGACGAGUGCACCGGCGUAUCAGGACUGGGGCCGACCCCGAGGCACAAACGGUUGCGCAUCUUUGCAGACCUUGCUGAUAACAUGCCAAUGGACGACUUCACCUUCCAGGAGCAGCUGCUGACCCCUCGGUUGGCCACGGCCGGUGUUGGCGGUGUCUCCUCGCCUGCUGCUCCGCUCUGGAGGAGCUACGUGGUCCCGACGCUCCCCGUCACGUUCGCUCUGCUCCUGUUUUGCCACCACUGACCAGUGCACUCAAUCUCCCCCUGCCACCUCUCUACCUUAGGAUUCAAUACAAACUAUGGAACAUGAAAAACUUGUUCCUGAUGUAAAGUUCAGUGGCUCAUCAAAGGAAGCAUGAACAACAGAAAACUCUAUGUUUCUCUUCAUCUGUCUCAGAAAGAACCUGUUUCGUUCAAUUAAGAAUCACUGGAUGUUCUCAGCAAGCCUAAUGAAGCACACCAGAUAAAUCCAUGACAUUUUGUAAAUAAGAAACUUGCCCCCUGGUCCACUCCCACUAUGGUCGUUACAGUUUUUUGCCUCACCUCCUCUUUGCUCUCAUACUGACUUCUGUAUAGAUACAAAGUGGCAAGGACCCUCAUUGUUAGUCGACACUGUCAUGGACCUGUAAGUGAGGAGCUACUUGAAAAACAGACACACAGCUGACCUUUUAUAAAACGCUCCCACUCCCAGUCUGCAACAAGUUAUUGCCCUGCAGGAACAAGCUGGAGGAAGAGGAAAGAUUCGGCUACUUUCCUCCACAGCAGUGAAUGAUCUCCUGCCAGGACUGGACUUCAGCUGGUUGUUCGAACUCCUGAUCCCAGAAGGCUGAGCUGAAACCUUCAUUUAAAGAUGCACUGCACCUUCAAACGCUCUGAUACUACUUAAAUCCUUUCUCUCUCAUUGUUUCUGUCCUAGUGAUAGCUAAAUUGUUUCAGACUGAAUCCCUCAACUCAAGUGUUUUCACUCCUACCAUCAGUGUUUACUCUGUUUCAUAACUGAUAUUUUUUUUUUUUAACAGUAACAGCCCUAUGAAAAAAGACUCAAGGGCUAUCAACAGAGCAUACGUCUCCAAAUCAGCCUGACAACUGUACAGAUGUAUGUUUCUGUGUUGGUGCCAUGUUUACAAAAAUAUGUUGAUUUACAAUAUUGACAUAUUUCGCAAGAAAAUGUGGUUUGUGAACUGAACUAUUGACUGGACUUUGAAGCACUGCUGCAUUUCUAGCUUACUCUUUAGCACUGUGGGUGAAGCGAGGAGUAAUGAAAUAUAAAUAUGUAUAAAAAUAUGUGUGAAUUGAUUUGUUAUGUUGGUUUGCACUGGGCUCAUACAUUCUGAAACAGUUACCUUUGUAUCGGUUGUGUUCUUCAAAGUUUUGUUAAAACCAUAAGUCCAAUUUUUUUUUUUUUUGUUUUGUUUAAUUUUGUUUGGUUUUCAAAAUGAAAUGUGUUGAAAACUGGAUUCCAGCUCCCUUGCGGUUCACACUGGAGGACAUGUGAUGGAUGUGUGGAGACACAGAGAUUAAAAGCUGGAGAUGUAUCUGCAGCUGCGACCCAGCUGACUUCACAGCUGUAUUUCUGGACUGUACUCACUCCAGACUAUGUGACUUGUCCUAUCAGGAGAAGCACAGGUAUGACUACUAACAGUGACAACGGCUCAGUUCCAUGUGGGUGUGCCAGUCAGUCAUGUCAGUGGUCCAGCAUGCAGAACAUCAGGGUCCUGACACUGGAACACAUAAACAGAACGUAGCCCUAAUUAAUGAUAUUAGUCAGAGAAAAGUCUGUUAUCACCCACAUCCAGGCCAAUGGCAAAUCCAGGAAUGGAGGCUGAAAAAAACUUACGCCCAUGACAUGUUUUUUGUUUGUUUGAUUGUUUUUCAGUUGAAUGUUGAUGGGGACAGUACAAUGUAAAAUAAACUGAACAUGUUUUAC